ACUUGCACACAGACACACACGCACACUGACACAUUGAGAGGGAGGAGUGACUCCGGGUGGGGCUUGAAGAGGCCGCCUGAACUUGGAGGAGCUGCAGAGUGAUACUGUAUAGCUGACCAGAAGGUAAGAAGCAGUCACUCACCAUCCUUCUGUCAUAUUUCAGCCUAUUUCUAAUCUUAAUAUUGGUUUCUCUUCAGAUUGCACAUGUUUGUAAGUAAUCGUGUUUAAGUCAUGGAAGCAGAGCAUUUAAGCGGCGGCGACGGCGGGGUCAAACCCGAGCGGGGCAACAGCCGGCGCUACAGGACUGCGUUGAUUGUGUGUGCGUGUCUCUGCGGUGCUUUGCUGCUUGCGCUCAUAGUGGUCUCCCAAAGAAGUAAACAGCAGGAAUUCUGUCUGACUCCCGAGUGCAUUGAGGCGGCUGGAGCUAUUCUGAGUAAAAUGGACAACUCGGUAGACCCCUGCGACGACUUCUACACGUUCGCCUGCGGCGGUUGGCUGGAGAACAAUCCCAUUCCCGAAGACUCGUCCUCAUACGGGAUCUACCCGUGGCUUCGCCAGCAGGUGGACAUGCGACUCAAAGAAUUACUAGAAAUGCCCACUGAACCCGACGAGCUGGAGGCAGUGACCAAGGCCAAGAUCCUCUACCGCUCCUGCAUGAACGAGAGUUUACUGGAGGAGGUGGACGCCCAGCCCGUGCUGAGGACGCUCCAGCAGCCCGAGUUCCGCUGGCCCGUGUUGGGCGACGGCCUCGGCGGCGAUUUCCGCUGGUCCGAGCAGGACUGGAGCCUCCUGAGGACUCUGUCCCACAUGAGAAACCAGCACAGCAAGAGCGUCCUUAUCCGAAUCUACGUCUCCCCUGACGACAAGAACUCCUCCAAAUACGUCAUCAAGCUGGACCAGGCCUCCUUGUCUCUGCCGUCGAGGGAAGACUACAUCACGAACACCUCUGCUGCACAGACGUACCGUGCGGCCUUGUUGAGCUUGAUGGUGGACACGGCCGUCAUGCUGGGCGCUCCCCAGAAAGCAGCACGGGUCCAGAUGGAGAAAGCGCUCGACUUUGAGACCAAACUGGCUCACAUCCUGAUUCCCUUUGAGAACCGCACCAGUGAGAACAUGUACAACAGAUACACGCUGUCCCGACUGCAACGCCAAUUACCACAGUUGGACUGGUUGUUCUUCAUCAAGACGGCGGUGGAGUCCGACAGCGACCCGUCUCGCGUCGUCUCCCCCUCGGAAGCCAUCAUCGUACGAGCGCCGCAGUAUUUCCGGGACCUCGUCAAGCUCAUCGACGCCACAGACCCGAGGACCGUAGCCAACUACGUACAGUGGAGAGCAGUUUUUUCCAAGCUCACCACCCUCAGCCGCCGCUUCCUCUACAGAUAUCUCGAUUAUGCGAGGGUAACCACGGGAGCCACAUCUCUGACGCCUCGUUGGGACAAGUGCAUCAACUACAUCGAGAAUUCUCUGGUUUACGCCACAGGCCGCCUCUUUGUCGACACCUACUUCCAGGAGGACAAGAAACACAUGAUGGACGAGGUGAUUGACGGCGUUCGCUGGGCGUUCGUUGACAUGCUGCGGAAGGAGAACGAUUGGAUGGACGAGGCGACCAAGACGAGAGCCAUGGAAAAGACUCACGGCGUCUUGGCCAAAGUGGGCUACCCCGAGUUCAUUCGCAAUGACACCUACCUCAACGACGACUUGAAGGAGCUGGACUUCGACGAGACCGACUACUACGGGAACGUGCUGCAGACGCUGAAGUUCAUCGCUCAGUCCGACGUGACCUGGCUUCGAAAGACAGUCCCGCGCACAGAGUGGUUCACCAACCCCACCACAGUCAACGCCUUCUACAGCUCCUCCACCAACCAGAUCAGAUUCCCUGCUGGUGAGCUCCAAAAACCUUUCUUUUGGGGGAAAGAGUAUCCAAGGUCGUUGAGUUACGGCGCCAUCGGCGUGAUCGUCGGACACGAGCUGACGCACGGAUUCGACAAUAACGGAAGAAAGUACGAUAAGGACGGCAACCUGGACCAGUGGUGGAGCAACGCCUCGGUGACGGCCUUCACAGACAAGACUCAGUGUAUGGUGGAGCAGUACGACGACUACUUCUGGGAGGAGGCGGGACUAAACAUCCGUGGUAAGAGGACGCUAGCAGAGAACAUCGCAGACAACGGUGGAAUGAGACAAGCGUUCAGGGCGUACCGGCGCUGGGUGGAUGAGAGCCGAGGCGGCGUGGAGGAGCCGCUCCUGCCCGGCGUGGGGCUCGACAACAACCAGCUCUUCUUCCUGAGCUACUCGCACGUCCGCUGCAACUCGUACAGAGCCGAGGCCGCCAGGGACCAGAUACAGAGUGGUGUGCACAGUCCACCGAAGUACAGGGUGAUCGGAGCAAUGAGUAACUUCCCCGAGUUCAGCGAGGCUUUCGGCUGCCCCGACUCGUCCGUCAUGAACAGAGGCGCACGCUCCUGCCGGGUGUGGUGACCUUUCAACACGGCGGAGUUACCAAUUUUUACGUGGAAACGGCGGUUUGUUCAGGGGCACGGGUUUGUACGAGCAGAACUUUCGAGAGACUUUAUAUUGUUAUUAUUAUUAUUAUUAUUAUUAUUAUUCAUCCAUGCGGUUUUCGAACCUCUUAUCCUCACUAUUAUUGUUUUUUAACUGUGACAAGAUUAUAUCAAUGAAGCUUUGGAUGAUGGGUUUUUGUGUGUGUGUAUAAACUGCUUUAUAUUUCACAGCUACAACAAGAUGAACAAUACAUUUUUUUAUUUUUUUUCAUUAAAUCAUCAUAAUAAUCACUUUUUUCAUAUACAUUUUUCUUGUUUUUGGUCAACAAGGGUUAAAAUGGCAAAGUGAUUUCUACUACCAAAUUUGAGAAGAAAUCUAAUGAAUGAUGACAUUUAUUAAAUGCGUUAUAUUGAUAUGUCAUUAUUAUAAAUGUAUAAUAAUUACUCAUUUGAAAUUAUUCCGAAAGUACAACAGUCUUAUUCAAAAUAAUAUAUGUACUUUUAUUACUAUAAAUGCGAUACUGUAUUAUAUUUAACACUUACCUAGAUUUGCAUUGCAAUGGCAAUAAUAAUUGGGGGUUAAAAUCUUAAAAUUUCCAAAGUUAUUUAUUUAGAAUUUGAAAUGAUAAAAAUAAAUGAGGUUUUGAAACUAAUAUUUUAUGCUGAUAGUUAUUUCACUGGUCGAUGAUAUUACAAUGAUGCUGUCGUCCAGAUAUUGCCACGGCAACUGUCUCAGCAGCCUUUUCACGUGAAACUCAAGUAGGAGCAGAUUUAACACAUUUGAUGAAUUAUUGCAUCCAUAUCCUGAAGUCAUUAAUAUUGUAAAGGGGGCAAAGUAACAAAGUUCUGCCUAGCAACAGGUUGCCAUGCGAACGUAACCAAGUGAAAUACUUUUUAGUUUCCAUUUCUUUCACCCUCUGUUUGUUUUUGUGAAUCACGUCAGGUUGUUUACGAACACACACAGCGGCAUUGGCUCACUUUGAUGGAGGCCAACAGUUGCCAUGGCAACGGACUGCGCAGUCGCUCUUAUCAGGGCCAUCCCGAAUGUGAUCGUGUCUUGAGUGGCAGGAGGGUGGGGGGCCGCCGUGAAUGACACGUAUCCGUGGCAACCCUGCCGGGCCUUGCACUAAUUAGAAAAAACAAGCCGUGUGUGUGUGUGAGUCAGUGUUUGUGUACAUGCGAAGGACGGCAAUUGGUGUCGAAAGCAAUUGUUGCAGUUGUUGUCACCGAUGAUGCACAAAAUAAAUGUGAAUGCGUGAAGGCGCAGCGGCUGUCUGAAAUGCGCAGAUGAAUGAACCCGAUCAGAACCCGAGCGGUGUUCUGUUAUUGGACUAAUGUAGU